AGAAUCACCAGGUUUUAAAGCUGCACUUGGUUUCUUUCUCCACAGUCUGUAGCUGAACUCUUUGAUCAUGUGGCUGUUGAUAUUUGUGGUGUGGUUGGUGAUGUGGGCUGGAGGGUCAUACUGGUACCUGUUUGGCAAGCCAAGUCCCUUCUCUAUAGAGUCUGUGAGACCACCGGGCCCCCGGGAAUAUGACCAGAAGAAGAGGGACAAAGUGAUCAAACAAGGUUUCAGUGUUGACAAAGUCCCCAAAGACUUGGAUGUCAUUGUCAUCGGCAGUGGCAUCGGAGGCUUGACGGUUGCAGCCACGUUGGCUAAAGUGGGCAAGAAGGUCUUAGUGCUGGAACAACAUGAUCAGUCUGGGGGCUGCUGCCACACCUAUGUGGAAAAAGGAUUUGAAUUUGAUGUCGGACUUCACUACAUUGGCCAGCUCCAUGAGAACAGCCUUCUGCGCAUCGCCUUUGACCAGAUCACCGAAGGCCAGCUGGAGUUUGUCGAGCUGGACCAACACUUUGACACCAUCCAGAUUGGACUGGGAGAGGAGAAGCGAGAGUACACCAUCUUCACUGGCAAGACCGAAAUGGAGGCUCACCUCAAAAAACAGUUCCCAGAUGACAUCGCCGCCAUUGAAACUUUCUUCAGAAUUAUGAAGGUGUCAGCUAAGAAGACUCAUUACCUGGCCACGUUGAAGCUGAUUCCUAAGUGGCUGGCCCUUUUCCUGGUGAAGACACGAAUCGCCCACCUAUUUUCCCCCAUAUUCACCCUCUCUGGGACUGGAGCAACAGAUCUCGUCAGCACUCUGACCAGCAACAAAGACCUCCAUGUCAUCUUCUCCUACCUCUUCUAUGGUGUGCCACCUAAGGACUCCAGUAUUGUCAUCAACGCCCUCCUGAUUCACCACUACAAGAGAGGAGCGUACUACCCCCGGGGAGGGGCCAGUGAGAUCUCCUACCACAUCAUCCCUGUCAUCCAGAAGUCUGGAGGAAAUGUCCUGGUCCGAGCACCUGUCACCCAGAUCCUGGUCAACAAGGAAGGGGCUGCUUAUGGUGUGAAAGUGAAGAAGGGUCGGGAGGAGGUGGAGGUGCGUGCUCCUGUGGUGAUUUCCAACUGUGGCGUCUUUACCACCUUCCAGAAACUACUGCCUCCAGAGAUUAGCAUGAAGCAAGAUGUUCAAGACCGACUUGACAUGAUGAGGCAUGGCCGAGGAUCGUUCUUGGUUUUCUCUGGUUUCGACGCCACCCAGGAGGAGCUUGGUAUUGUGUCGACCAACUUCUGGCUGUUCAAGAAUAAUGACAUGGAUACUUCGAUGGAUGAGUUCUUUGCCCUGAGCAAAGAAGAUGCACCUGAAAACAUUCCCAUGAUGUUUAUUACAUUCCCUUCUGCCAAAGACCCAGAAGCCAAGAAAAGAAACCCAGGGAAAUCCUGCAUGACGAUACUAACCAUGGUAAAAUAUGAGUGGUUUGAGGAGUGGAAGGACACUACAGUGAGGAAAAGGGGGGAUGAAUACCACAACUACAAAAUGAGAUACGCUAACCAACUCUUUGCCUGGGCCUGCACCAUUUUCCCUAAACUAAGGGAAAAGCUGGUCUUCCAGGAUGUGGCUACUCCUCUCACCAACAUGCACUACCUGGGAGCCCAGCGAGGGGCCAUGUACUCAGCUGAACACAACCUGGACCGCUUCCAUGCCGAGGCUGUAGCCAGGAACAGGUGCAACACUCCAGUCAAGAACCUCUUCAUCUCAGGUCAGGACGUGUUCAGCUGUGGGAUUGCAGGUGCGCUACAUGGAGGCCUGCUGUGUGCUUCCACUGUGCUGGACCACAUUGUCUACAUCGACCUUCUUUUCCUCAAGAAGAAGCUAAAGAAGCAGAAGGCUAAAGAGCUGGCCCUGCUGGCUAAGAAGAUUGAGUGAGACUCCAGCUCCCCUACAGGACUGUGGUAUAACUGCAUGUAAAGAAAAACUCAAACUCAAAUGGACCAACGCCUGGAAGACUAGGGACUGGAGCAUACACAUUAUUGUGGCUCCGAAAUCAACUUCAGUUUAAAAACAUUGGGCAGAGCAGGCCUCUCUAGAAUCUGAUACCUGUUGACCUUGAACAUAAGUGAUACUUUGGUUUAUUUAUAUUACACAUGGGGUGUGUUUCUGGUAAGUGGGCCACUAAAUGAGGUGCAACACUUUGAACGAAUGCUUCUUAAAUAUGGAUGCACAAUCCUCAUACAUUUCUGGAUUCCAUGAACUCAUCAUAUGGUCCCAAUAUUUGGACCAAGCAACAUAUUUCAAGGAAGAAUUUGAAUCAAAAUGUUUUCAUGAAUACUUCUCCGUAGUUUCAUUUAAUAGCUUAGAUUUGUAAAUACAGAAUGUCAGUAAUAUUGGAUUGUGAUCAGCCUGUCUUGAAAUGUAAUUCAGUAUUAAAGAGUAUUAUAAAUGAUAAAACAGUAAUUAUUCAUU